UAGGUGAAUCACUGAACGAGAGACAGCUGAGAGAGACGGACGUCACAACGGCUGUUUUUGUGUUGUUACUAGCUAGCAAGGCGCGUUUCUCACGUCUAUAUUGUAUCUAUAACCAUCACACAACUGCCUUUAUUUACGUGGAUAUCAUAUUCUAUUAAAAUGGUGUGAAUAUAGCCACACAGCCUGAUACCAGGGACGUAAUGUUCAACUCACCAACGCUUCAAGAUUUCGGCGUUGACCAGUGUUUGAACGCCCUGGACGGGAACAUGGAUAAUGCGGAUGGACUGGAGGAGCUUUCCUUGGAGGAGAUUCUGUCGUUGUACAGCCAGCCGAUCAACGAAGAGCAGGCAUGGGCUGUUUGUUAUCAGUGUUGCCGAACUUUGGCCCAGAAACAUCGCAGGAGAAAUUCCAAGAACCGUGGUGCUUCGGUUGGGGAUUUGUUGAGAAGGAUUGAGGGUCCUGGAGAUGUACGGAUUCUGAGAGACGGAACUGUUAGAUUGCACCAUCACGACAGUACAGAUAAAUACAGACCCCCAGACACGCCAUUAGAGGUGAUUGAGUCUCUGGGCAUCAUGAUCUACAAGGCGUUGGAUUAUGGUCUGAAGGACUGCGAGGAGCGAGAGCUGAGCCCCCCACUGGAGCAGUUGAUCGACUUGAUGACUAACAUGGCAGAAAAUGAGAGGGACAGCGACCCCUGUCCUGAUGAAGGUUAUGAGGCCAUCGAGGAGGAAGAUGAGGGAGAGGAAGGCCCUAACAUUGCCUGUGACAUCAAAGGAUUCAGAGAAAUCAUCAAGCUGUGUAGCACCCACCUGCCGAGCCCCUCGGAUGCCCCUAAGCACUACCAGGCAGUCUGCCGUGCGCUGUACGCCGAGACCAAGGAGCUACGCACCUUCCUGGAGAAGAUCAGGAGCACCAAGGAGAACCUCCGGAGGAUGGAGGGAGACUCGCACAGAGAACCCGAUCGAGACCUGAACGACCUCCAGAACGCAGAUUGGGCUAAGUUCUGGAUGCAGGUGAUGGGGGACCUGCGUAAUGGGGUCAAGCUGAAGAAGGUUCAGGAGCGCCAGUACAACCCCCUGGCCAUAGAGUUCCAGCUCACACCCUACGAGAUGCUGAUGGACGAUAUCCGCUUCAAACGAUACAAGCUGCGUAAAGUGAUGGUGAAUGGAGACGUCCCUCCCCGGUUAAAGAAGAGUGCUCAUGAGGUCAUCUUGGAAUUUAUCCGGUCCAGACCCCCUCUCAACCCAGCUUCUGCCAGGAAACUAAAACCCCACCCUGUGCCCCCCCCGAGCCUCCAUGAACGCCUCCUCGAAGGCAUCAAACAGGAGAGGAAGCUAAGACCUGUAUCACCGGACAUGAUCCGACGAAACCGCCUCGUUAUUCACCCGAUGCGUGUGUCUUACAGUUUUGACAGUUCAGCAGGAGCGGGUAAAAGCGUCAGCACUCCCCAGGAUCUGUUCCGAAGUUCAGACCCGUCCACUCCGGAUGCAUCCAGGAAGCAUGCCACCAGCACCCUGUCCCUGUCUGUCCCGCUGGCUCAGGGGGAGGGCGGGACUCUGUGUCAGCCCAAACGGCUGCUCAAAGCGCCAACGUUGGCUGAACUGGGCAGCUCGGAGUCUGACGAUGAGCCCAGUAACAGCUCCUCCAGUGUUUCCGGCUCUGCCUUGGAUGCCUCAUCCCCUGAGUCAGUAAUUGGGAAGAAAAAGCCCUUACAGAUCCCGCCUCCUGCCUCCCUGUUGUCCACAUCCCCGCCUGACAGGCUGGCCUCCCCCCAGAGGAGGCGCUCCGUGGGGAAGGAGACCCCCUCCGGAGUACGGCCUUUCACAGAACCCGGCCGAAACAGCAGCCGGUCCCUGGAGGAAGUCCCCGCCCCCAGCCGUGGUGCUCACGCGGAGGAGUUCUGCUACCCUGUGGAGUGCUUGGCCCUGACGGUGGAGGAGGUGAUGCAUAUCAGACAGGUCCUGGUUAAAGCAGAGCUGGAGAAGUUCCAGCAGUACAAAGACCUCUACAAUGCCCUGAAGAAAGGGAAGCUGUGUUUCUCAUGUCGGACUAAAAGGUUUUCCUUCUUCAUCUGGUCCUACACCUGCCAGUUCUGCAAAAGGCCUGUGUGCUCUCAGUGCUGUAGAAAGAUGAGACUGCCCUCCAAACCAUAUGCCAGCCUCCCCAUCUACUCCCUGGGUCUGAACUCCACCCUGUCUAGAGGUGAUGCCUCCGCCUCCACAGAGAAGCCCUCCUCCAGCCUCCAUCGCAGUAACAGCCUGCGCCGAACCGUCUCCAGGUUGGCCAAACACAGCAGCACCGAGGGUUCUGGUGACGAGCCAGAACUGGAUCUGCCCAAGGAGCUUACUGAGGACUGGAGCUCCAUGGAGGUCUGCAUCGACUGCAAGAAGUUCAUCUCUGAGAUCAUCAUCUCCAGCAAGCGCUCCCUUGCCACAAAGAGGACCCGUCUAAAGAGGAAGACCCAGUCCUUCUACAUGUCAUCCCCGAACACUAAUGAGUACCGGCCCUCGGAGAGGACCAUCAAUGAAGUGUAGCUGCUUGGGGAUGUCCCACAUUGCACCCUAUUCAUUUUAUAAUGCACUACUUUAAACCAGAGCGCAAUGGAAUAGGGGUUCUCAGUCCUCCCCUUGUCUUUGAUCUAUUUCAGAGGUUGCUUACCUGAUUCAACUUGUCCAAUAGUUGUCAACCGUUUUGGAGUCUGGUGAGCAAGUUCAGAGCUCCAACAACAUUUUGAACUGUCUGGGUGUCCUAGAGGAGAGGUUGGAAAACCGUUGCAGGAAAUGAAUGGCUCCCCUUAAAGGAGGGGCAGAGGUGAUGAGGACGCAGCCUAAAUGUAACCCCUAACUCAGCAUUGGUGACCUUUCCUUAACCCAUAAACCCCAACCCCCCAGUCUCAGGAAUGAUUGGAUCGUUAUUGGAUAUGUAAAUGCCACGGCUGUGGACAAAUGAAUAUCCGGCCAUUGAAAGGAAGACUCUUGGUCUUGUCAGCCUCCCUCAUCUACCACUGUAUCUAUAGGUUACAUAAGUAACCAGGUGGUUCAAACCCUGAAUGCUGAUUGGCUGAAAACAGUGGUAUAUGAGACCGUAUACCACAGUUAUGACAUUGCUUUUUUCUUCUCUUCUGCAUAUUGAACAAUUUCUUAUUCCGUCGCAAUCACAACAUCACCGAGGAGAGGUGGAAUAAAGCUGUGGACGUUACAGAAUGUUUGUGAACGUUAGUGUUGAGUUCGGCCCGUCAAAAUACUGAGUGUAAAUAUGAUGUUAAUAAUGAGGUCCACCCAGAUGGAAACACACCUCCCGUUCCUCUUUACCACAACCAGACUCAGGAAGAGUGUGCCCAUAUUCUGUGACACCGUGGCAUUUUAUUCCCGACCCAAUGUAAUGCUACUGCAACUGUUCUUGCACUUUUUUUGUCUUCUACAAUUUGAGCAUAUUUCUUUUUAUUCAAACAUUUAAUUGUCUGAGUUGCAGAUCUCAUUGACUGGGAAGCAGGAAGUGUUCAGAGGUCUGAAUUUAUAUGAUUGGGUGGGUUUUAGCCACUUGUUUAAGUAUAUUUAUUAUUUCUGUGCCUAGUGCCAAAAUAAAUAAGGCCAUCCUGUCUGAAUGCUAUGAAAUCCAAUGAACCUGUAGAGUAUUGUACUGACCAUGGUGAGAAUAACGAAGCUAUAUGGGGGAUUGUAGAAGCAGAAUACAUUUCUUUUUUUACAGGUUCUCAUUGCUUCCAGCUGACCAAUAGGAUCUCAGAACAGUGGGAGCUGAUUGUGUACAUGCUGUAUCCAAAAUCAUUCUAAUAUAUUGUUUUCCCAUUAAUAUACUCUUAAAGAUUUUUAUUUCUUUUGUAUGUAAUAUAGAAUUUUUUCCUGUUCGGCUCUAGGUCUUGAAUAGCACUUUUACUGGACCAAUGUAUUGUUUUUUAAAAUUUCUUAAUGCGUGUGUGCGUGUGUGUGUGCGUGCGUGUGUAAAUCUUGUGUUGGUACCAGGUUACAGCCAAAAAUCAUUCUGAAUGUACAGGGUAUAAUGUUUUGGAAAAAGAAAUCACAUGCAAUAUGAAUCAAAAACCAUUUAAUUUUUCUGCCUGGUUAAAUGAUUGACAUGCUCUGUGCAUAGUUCUCCUAUUUACCUUAAGGCUCAUGGACACCUUGUCAUUCAAAUGCCUUUCCUGUCUAACCCCUUGUACCAACUAGUGAAGAAAAAUGGUUCAAUUCAUUCAAUUCAAUUACUUUUGGCAUCAUGAACCUUCCAUAAAAUACCAUGUGACCAUAACAUUGAGCCCAGUGAGGAGACCAUGGUGUGCAUGACAUGAUGUAGUUGGGAAUUUUUUUAAAUGAAAGGAAUGACAAUAAAAUGAUCUCUGUUUGAAUCUUU